AUGUCUGCUCUUGAGAGAAUAAUAAGAAUAUUCGAGGCCAAUCAGAAGGAGCAAGCGACUCUUCUCGAAAGAAUAGAGAAAUACGUGCAGAUCGAAGAGAACAUUAAACUGGACGCAGAGCACAAGAAAAGGCUAAGACAGUUUUUGGUCGUGUCGGAGUACAUAGAGCAGGAGGUAUCCCGGCCCCAGGCGCCUGCAGAGGAGCUGAGCAUAGAAGAAAAAGCAUCCGCCAUCCAAAUGCUGAACAAAAGACUCUCCCAGGUGAACAACACCAAAGAAAAGGCCCAGAUGAUAUCGAACAUAAUAGCAACGUACAUCCAGCAGAACAUCCCGUCGAAUAAGCUGGAGUCUUUUAAGGCCGUUCUCCUGAGGAGGCUCAUUGAGCAAGUGAAGGCGCAAGUCUCCACGAACAAAGAGUCUGCCCUCGGGUACUCGUACCUGCUUAUUUGCCUGGGCAAUAGAAUGCCCCUCCUGGAGAAGUACCGUUUUUUCAUGUUUACCUCCGCCCUUCCCCUGGACUGCCUUCUGGGGAUGUACAGAGUGUACUUUUCCACACUCGCAAACACGCAGGAAUGGGCCCACGCGUGGGAGUUCAUCUCCUCCCUCCUGAACUACACCGAGGAAAUCAACAGCACAUUCAAUCCCUGCGUGGUGUGGGUGUUUCUGGAGGUUCUGCGCCCGGAAAUGCACAGAGUCUACAGCACAGCCUGGGCCAAGAUCGAAGAGUAUUUGCAGCGCGUAUACGUUCCCCUCAUAGACCCGAAAAAGUACAAAACAGAAAUACAGCAGAUAGAGGCACUCCUACGCACGCAGGCGCAGUAG